GGCUACUUCAAAGUGCUGGGCAAAGGCAAGCUGCCCAAGCAGCCCGUGAUCGUCAAGGCAAAGUUCUUCAGCCGACGGGCGGAGGAGAAGAUCAAGGCAGUGGGAGGAGCUUGUGUGCUGAUGGCAUAAGCUCCUGUCAUUGUUUUUCAAAUAAACUGUAUAAAUGGAUUGACUUGUCUUGUGGUCUGUCGAAGAUGUAAAUGUUGCCUGAAGUUUAGCUCACACAUUGUUGGGUAAAAUAUGUCAAAGGAACAGAAUGGAUUGAUUUGCUGCAUAGAAUAAUGCCUUUGUUACAUUGGUCAACAACCUUGGUCCUUGUAGUUACAGGGUGUGGAGACUAGUUCCAACCAGCAUGUACACAUCUGAUUUGGCUAAUUAAGGUGUGUUUGAGACAUUGCAAUUGGCCUGGACAGAAUCGCUGAUCUACAAGUUACCUUGAAUCCACCAAAUAACUGCCAGGAUAAUAGAAUGCAUGAGGUGUCAGUGUUUGUCUAGGUCAACCUGUACAAAUAAUUUUGCAGGACCAGGUUUGUGACCACGGUGAGUCAAAUACAGUUUGCAGGUCAUGACUGAAGAUGUUUUAGUCACCUGAAUUUUCUGUUAUAAUGAAGUAGGUGUACAUUCGUAGUUUUGGUAUUUGAUGUCUCUGUUACAUUACCGAAACAACCUAAAAGAGUCACUAAUGGAAAAACUAUUUUUAAUCAAGACAUGAUUACAUCCGGUAGUGUAAGUAACCAUUUCACAGCAUAUUGAUUCGGGCCAUGAGCAAUGUCCAUUUUUUCAAUAAUAUAUUUGAAUUAAUUAAAUAUUUUGACACUUAUGCCAGAAAAAAAUGAUUAAUUUGGCGAGAGACGGAGCGGGAUCUAGUCAAUCCAGAUUAUAAAGGCGGCGCCCUACACCGGAAAUGUGACGACAAUCUUUAUAGCAAGUUUAGUGCGCGCAAAAGUUAUUUAAACAGGCGUACAUAUUCAGGUAAAUAGCUUUCUGUGAAUACAUUGUUUCUCGUCCACACAAAUUAUUAUAAUUGGAUGGGAAUUCGUGUUCAAUAUAUUCUCGAAAUUAGAGAUCAACUCGAGCGCUCACUGCCUGUUGCAUUGCUGCUCGUGCUCUGUCAAAUCUGCGCGCCCAAAGCAAGGGAGAUUGUGACGUCAGCGUUAUGUUUACGUUAUUCUACAAUUUUUCUUGUCAUAAGAAGGUUGUUUGCUGGUGGGUUGGGUACAGUAGAUAGUUGACCCGCGGUGUUGUUUCCGCCUGGCAGAUGGAGUUAUCCCUGCUCCGCUCCGCCAGACUCGGCCUGGAAGUACUGGAGCGAGCCUCGAGACGGAGUGUAGACUGGUCUAGUGCGAAUCCGUAUCCCAGUACAACACCAAAGGAUGACAACGCCGGGAGUGAGGAGGUUCAGGGAGACUCAGCCCACACCAGCCUGGAUGAUGCUUUUGAGACCAUAGCUGAAUUCAUGGCACAGACAACAUAUCAAUGCAAGAACUUUUACAUGUCGGAGACAGAGCCUAUGGAAAAUGAGAGAACCCAUGUGUGUAGAUACCAUUCUCAAUCUCACCAACACCCAGGGACCUCACUGCAGACCAGGAAACAUGCGCAGUCAUCACCUGAGGAUUUCCACAUUGAGGUGUCUCCAGGUACCUAUAAAAUUACUGCAGGAACGCAGGACUCACAGCAACAGACCCGGGUAGUACGCAUUAAUGCAGGAGAGAGCAUGAACCUCACAUUUCACCUCUAACCUCUCAACCCUGACCAAUCCCCAUGACCUUUCUGCUAACAAUAACAAACCUGCCCAACCUGAAUGUUUACGUACAUAUUUUCACGUCAUACUAUCGUCUUCUGUUGAAAUGUCGCUUUAGAGCGACAGUGAUAAUGUUAUUAAUUUGCUGCUAAAUGAGAAGCCAUAUUUUGAUGAUGUAAUCAUGAUUUUGUUUUUAUAUUCAAUUUUGUAUGUAAAAUGUCUAUCCAAACACAUCACGUAAAUAAUUUAUAUUUUUUUUGUCAUAUCAGUAUAAUAAAGUAUAUAUUUUAUAUCAAUGAUCA